CCUAGAUGAAAAACAAUGACCUUUUUUUCCAACCAAAGUCUUCCCAGGUGCGCCAUUAAAAUUCAACUUCGUUUUUCCAAUUAGUGGAGUUUCACUCAAUACAGCGCAGCAUUUGAGGCGAACCCAGAAAAUACUUGCAGCCCAGCAAUCGGUACAGUUUCCUUUUCCCAGCAUUUUGAUGCAAUUCUGUUUUAGUUUUGUCGUUAAAGAAACUCUCUUUAUCCUCUGUUUGGGGCUAAAUUUCUAAAGGGUUUAUAGUUAGGAGAUUGAUUCAUGUGUUUUCCCUGCAAAAAAAUGGUUUGUUCAUGGAAAAUUGGUAUUGGGGCCCUUAAUUUCUAUGAACCAGUAGUUAUUACAAAAGGGUUUUUUUUUUGUUCCGCUGCGAGGGCAAGAUUCUUGUUUUAAUGUGUUUUUUCCAUCAGAAAAAAAUCAAUUGAUGUCCCAACAAUUUGUGGUUUAUUUAUACACGAGGCAUAUAGCUCUCUUGAGGGAAAGGAACUUCUAUUAGGAUCAGGUUGAUCAAAUACAAUUUUAAUGAGGUUGGAUCGUUGAGGAUUGAGAUGAGAAUUCAAGUUUGGAACUUUUUUCAUUCUAUUUGGUUUUUAAAUUAGAAGGCUUGCCGAUAGAACAAAAAUUUGGUGCAAUGCAGAAUAGUAUGUAAGGAAAAUGCCGGUUAUGCGCUGCGGAAACGGGCUACAUCCUGUUUUUUGUACUUCUGCAAAUCAUUAAAAACUUUUGGGAAUUACUCACGAUGAGUCAUGGAUGGAGCUAGGACCCCUUUUUAACAUCGUGUGUGCACCUGUCAAACUUAUGGACAAUGUCACCUUAACAUUCUGAAUUUGGGUAUUGUGAUCAGAGCUAUCUGCGUUUCAAAGCGGAAAUCAUCAUUAUUUUGAUAAAUAUGUUCUGCUAUUUUUCUUGAUCCUUUCCCUUGUGACUUGUGAUGGAUAUUCAUGAAUGCAUGUUCCAGAGUAAUUCAUCUUAUGGACAACAUAGAAGUUAGUGCAAAGCCUUCAGUUUCGGUAGAAACUUUUGUAAUAUGCUGAAUUGGUGUUUGGGUUUUGCAGUGCAAUAUCCAAUAUUAGAACAGGAAUUAGAGAGUUUUGAUAACUGUAGAUAAGAGCACACAAAACACAAACGCUCUAUGUCAAUUAUAAUUAGUCUAAGAACAAUGGCGGAAAGCUUGUUAUUUGUUUGUACCAUAUUAAUGAUUAGACUUAUAUUCUACUUAGUGGAGAAGGUCUUUGGUGAACUUGAAAUUUGGUGACUCCAUCUCCUUGAGCUGAAUUUGUAGUGCUAGUUUGUACCUAAAAGCUUGUAGUUUGAUGGUCAGGAAUGAAUGAAGAAGUCAGGUUAGACAACAUAAAAAAUGAAUCUUUUGUAGAGCUAGAUUUUGCAUCUAAACCUUUUUGUUCUUAGGUUAACAUUCUUCUACAAGCAUUGUAUUCAUCUACUUCAUCACCAACCUUGAUUGUACAAGGAAACAAGAGUAGUUUUGGUGUGCCUUUGUGGUGAAAGGUUUUUUCAGUUUGAGGCGAUUGUACUAGGAAAUGACAGAAGUUUUGGUGUCUGGUGAAAUGAUUUUUUAUCAGUUCGAGGUUAUUUGAGACAAUUUUUCAGCAAAUUGUGUUUCAAUUAGACAUUAUUGCUUUGUGUGGAAAAUUGUGCACUGCCAUAUGAUUCCUUACUCUUUACGUCGAAAGCAAAAAGGGUGGUGUGGGUUAUUCUAUCUUGCAGUUCCCGAGAUCACAAUAUUCUGAUGUAAUAGAUGUAGUUCAUAUGUCGAGAUGUAUUUGAUUUAUCAUGUUUUGGAGCUGCCCUUCUCCUCCUCAUUUCAGUGAUAAUGUUGUAGGAAAUGAAAUGCGCAUGUCUCAAAUUGUGGGAACCAAUGUGCUUGGUGGGUAAGUUAAGUAUUAGUAGGAUAAGCAUUUAAUUUUAUUAAAACUAGGGGAGAAAAUGGUAUUUCAGGAAUGAAGCUCCUCAAUCCGGUUCACUGAAGAAAGUUCAGCUGAAGUUUGUUUUUUUAGUUGUUUAGUGGCAAUCAGGUGUCGUAUUGAAUUGUCAAUGAUCUGGUGCUUUAUUUCAGAAUGGGGAGUUGUGGACACAUAAAACACUAACACAUUAUUUUUAGGGAAGCUCUAAGGCACAUUUCUGUACUACUAAGAUUUUUACGUUGGAAACAUACUGGCAAUGACUUGAUAGGAACAAAUGGCCGAAGGUUGUUGUAGUGUAGAAAAGGCGAGGUAAAAAAUAUUCCAGCUAAGGUCCAGACCGCAGAAUCUGAUUUAGCAUGCUCUGGAUGAUAAGGUGCCUGUUUGGGAGGUUGGCUGACUUCCAAAACUUGUUUAAAUCAACUUUUAAACAGACGAAUCUAUUGUUUAUUCUUUAUAAUAUCCUACUGUCAAAGGUAGGUCAAUAAAGUUCUGGUUUCCAGAUAGUUCUUGGGUUCUAGGGUAUAUAAUGCUUAUUAGGCAAGAUUUAUCUUUUACCGACUGUGUCUUGAUGGAUCUAUCUCCCUUGAUUUUGGUGUCGUAUUCUACAAAUUAUGUACCUCUCUAAAAGUGCUUCAUUCCAGGAGUUUCUUGUCUCACUUCUGGGCUAUGGUUGCUUUUUCUUGUUUGCUCUUUUUUUGUGUGUGUGUGUGUGUGUGCUUCUUCUAACAUAUUAUCCUGUGUUUUUCUCAUUUGACUUAAGUAAACCUUUGGAGAUUUAUUAAUUGCAUUACGAGUUGUAUUUCAUUGCAGGUGAUUUAUUUGGCCCAGAAAGUUAUAUUUGGUCGUCGUUGUUGUUGAGAUAAACUUGGUUGUCAUUGUUCACUGGUUCAUUUUCAAUGACUUCAAGGAAAAAUCUGCCACCACCAUUUGAAGAUAAUGCUGCGCCAGCUUCAAAUUUUAUUCGCAUUGGUGCAUCUUCAGGUCAUCGUUCAAUGGAUCAUUCUGACCGUUUAGAGGAUAGGUUGGCUGUUCGGGCCUUGGAUAUCAAGCAACUUUCUGAAGAUAAUCGUCGCUUAUCAGCCACUCAUUUAGCUUUAAAUCAGGAUGUUGUUGCUGCUCAACAAGAAGUAAAGAAACUUACAGACCAUAUUAGAAGCAUGCAGGCUGAAACUGAUAUCCAGAUUCGAAUAUUGUUGGACAAGAUUGCAAAAAUGGAAGUUGAUAUUAGAGCAGGUGAGAAUGUCAGGAAGGAGUUACAGCAAAACCUUACUGAGGCACGGAGCUUGGCAUUAGCUAGAAAAGAAUUGAUUAACCAAAUUCAGCAGGGCUGUCAAGAGCUAGAGAAAACACGUGCCAAUAUCAAAAAGUUACCAGAAAUGCAAGCUGAACUCGACAGUUUAAGGAAAGAACAUGACAAGUUACGCACGACCUUUGAAUAUGAAAAAGGCAAAAACAUGGAGAAAGUUGAAAAAAUGCGGGUAACUGAGAGGGACUUAGUGAGCAUGGCUGCAGAAGUGGACAGACUGCGAGCUGAGGUGUUUAGUGCUGAGCAAAGAGCGCAAGGUAACAGUCUCGUGCUUUGACAUCUAACAAGGUUUUGUUUGCUUCUGUGUUCUUACAAUGUUCCUUGUGCUGGCCAUGCUGGCUGUUCUGCAGUUUCUUCCCAUCCUUACGCUGGGCCAUACAGCCAUCCAAAUGCUUUGUACCCGGCUUCCGUACAUGGCAGUGGUGUCUAUGUUGAUAAUUAUGGAAGGCCCCUUCAGAUGGGUGCCGGGCCUGUAUCUUAUGGCGCGAUCCCAUAUGGUGCUCCUGCUCCUGCCCCUGCUAAUGUUCCUAUGGUAGCUGUAACUUCAACUGCUGCUGGUGCUGGUGGGAACACUUCAUGGGGUGGAACAUAUAAUGCUUCUCAUGCUCCGGGUUAAAAAUAAUUAGCCACUUCUUCUUUGCAGAUUGAAGCAUCUAAGAUGUAAUUUCUGACAACUUCCUGUCGUUUCAACUUGGACAAAGACAGGUCAGUUGGUCUGUUUAGGGCAAAUGUGGGCUACCCUAAUCCUGAAAUGUAUAGCUGUAAAAUUAGCAGGUUCAAGGUUUUCAACCCGGUGGGGGGUUUGGUCUUGCAUUUUACGCGGGUUUGAAGCGCUUAUCCUUGUGCAGUGCCAUUUAUGGAUGCUUGGUUGAAGGGUUGGAAUGAAAUGAAAUGAAGGCUAUUCGAUGGGUGUCCGAAAUGUCAAUCGAAUAUUGUGUCUUAAAAAUAGGGCAGGAGGAGAGGCACUCUUGACACUUCUGUUGCGGAGGUGUUUGUAAAGUUGUUGAUGUUGAUGCACAAAUAGUUUCAUUUUGUUAUUUCACCUUGGAAUCACCAUGGGUGAGAUCUUCUCCACCCUUUGAAUAUGUAAAGUGGUUCAGGUUAUAGAAAUGCUUUUGACAAGCUACCAUUGUAAAUUCCUCCAUUUCAUGAUAACAAUUAAUUUUUAAAAUUAAUUACAAUAAUUUCGAGAAAUAA